AUGGAUGGGCAGUCCACAAAUAGCACCUCAAAGAUUGGUUUCCACAUCCUGGCUUUCUCAACUUCUGAAAAUGGACGAUUUCUGUUGUUAGCAGUGAUUUUUUUGGUUUAUUUUGUUAUUUUAAUUGGAAACAUUUUAAUACUUACUUUAGUUUGUUUGGUGCCACAACUGCACACGUCCAUGUACUUCUUCCUAUCUAAUCUAUCAGUCUUGGACAAUUUUUAUGUCUCUACAACUCUUCCUAAACUGUUGUACAUCACUAACACAGGGGACCAUUAUGUGUCUUACAAUAACUGCAUCACCCAACUGUUCUAUUUUUUGUUCUUUGCUGACACAGAAUCCUUCCUAUUGGUCACAAUGGCUAUUGAUCGUUAUGUAGCCAUAUGUUUCCCUCUCCAUUAUUCACUUAUUAUGAACAGAAGGGUGUGUGUCCUCCUAGCAUUUCCUGCCUGGUUUAUGGCCAUGGUCAAUGCACUCAUUCUUACCUGUUUUAUACAUGAGUUAACAUUCAUUGGGAUCAAAGAAAUUGACAAUUUCUUCUGUGAUCUUAAAGCAUUGAUCACUGCCUCUUCCAGUGACAAAAAUUUCCUGAGAAAAUUUAUUCUCGUAGAUGGUAUGUUCAUUGGAGCUGUUCCAAUGCUUUUGAUUUUGACUUCCUAUGCCUGCAUUAUUUCCACCAUCCUGAAAAUUAAAUCUUCAGUUGGAAGGAAAAAAACAUUCUCAAGCUGUACCUCCCAUAUCAUUAUUGUUGUAGUAUACUAUGGCUCAGCUCUGAGCGUGUACAUGCAAUAUUCACUGCAGCAAGACAAGCAAGACAAGGUUUUUGCAGUCAUGUUUGUAACUUUGGUGCCCAUGCUGAACCCAAUAGUUUAUAGCUUGCGGAAUAAAGAUAUCACAAGGGCCUUACAGAGAGCUGUGAGCGGUUUCAAGACUAUUCCUGAGACUUAA